AAAUGUUAUUUCUCUUUCAUAAACUGCUAUUUACCAUCAGACAAGGAGAGAGAAAACGAUUCGAAAAUUUUCCCAUCAUUUUUCCAGCUUUUCUUCAUUUUCCGAUCAUCCAAACACAAACCAAAACAACUUCUUUUGUCUAAUUCCAUUUUUUCUUCACCAAUUACCCCACUUUCUCACUUAUUCUAGGGUUUCUUUAGCUUCCAUUUCUUUCUCAAAAGAGGAGGUAAAUAAAAAGGGCCUUAUUCUUGUCGGCAUCGCGGGAUUUUUAAAUAGGUAGACCUAAUUUAAUUCAAGGAAAACUGUGGCAUUGAAUUGAAAGCUUUUAGUUUGCUAUGGUUUGUUUUCUAUUCCUUUUGGUGUUAAAUCAGUUGCUCGCCAACUGACAGCUUGAAAAGGGAUUAAGCUGGCAAUGUUGCUGUUUUAUAGAGAAGAAAAUUGUUUCGAUUUCAAUGUCAAUUAACUAUACUGCUAACUAAGAGUAUCUAUAUCUGCUUAUUGCAUGGAGGGAGCCCUUUGAACCACGUUAGACUGUUGUUUCAUUUGUUUCUUGCUUUGGUGAUGGAUCAUGCUUUAGUGGUACCCGAUUCUUCUGGUGCCAUUGUAGAACAUUCAUUAGUUAUUGGGCAGGAAUUUCCCGAUGUUGAAACUUGCAGAAGAACCUUGAAAGAUAUUGCUAUAGCAAUGCAUUUUGACCUUAGGAUAGUGAAAUCUGAUCGAAGCCGAUUUAUAGCCAAGUGUUCCAAAGAAGGUUGUCCAUGGCGUGUCCAUGUGGCAAAAUGUCCUGGAGUUCCGACUUUCACGAUUAGAACUCUGCACGGAGAGCAUACAUGUGAAGGGGUUCGUAACCUCCAUCAUCAGCAAGCAUCGGUGGGUUGGGUUGCAAGAUCAGUAGAAGCACGUAUUCGGGAUAACCCACAGUACAAGCCGAAAGAAAUAUUGCAAGAUAUUCAGGACCAGCAUGGAGUUGCUGUUUCUUAUAUGCAAGCUUGGCGUGGGAAGGAACGGAGUAUGGCUGCACUUCAUGGGACUUUUGAGGAAGGGUAUCGUCUUCUUCCUGCAUACUGUGAGCAAAUAAGGAAAACCAAUCCAGGAAGUGUUGCAUCAGUUGUUGCUACUCGACAAGAAAAUUGUUUCCAGUGCCUCUUUAUUUCUUACCGUGCAUCUAUCUACGGGUUUAUAAGUGCUUGUAGACCACUUCUGGAACUUGAUAAGGUGGAUCUGAAAGGAAAAUACUUGGGUUCAUUGCUUUGUGCUGCAGCAGUUGAUGCUGAUGAUGUUUUGUUUCCCUUGGCAAUUGCUAUUGUUGAUGUUGAAAAUGAUGAAAAUUGGAUGUGGUUCGUGUCAGAGUUGAGAAAGCUUCUUGGUGUGAACACUGAAAACAUGCCCAGACUUACGAUAUUGUCUGAAAGACGGCAAAGCAUUGUGGAUGCUGUAGAAACCCAUUUUCCAAGCGCUUUUCAUGGAUUUUGUCUACGUUAUAUCAGUGAAAAUUUCCGUGAUACGUUUAAGAACACAAAAUUGGUUAAUAUCUUUUGGAAUGCCGUUUAUGCUCUCACUUCUGCCGAGUUCGAGAGCAAAAUUGCUGAAAUGGUAGAAAUCUCACAGGAUGUUUUACAAUGGUUUCAAGUCUUCCCUCCACAGCUUUGGGCAGUCGCAUAUUUCGAAGGAGUGCGAUAUGGCCACUUCACACUAGGUGUGACCGAGUUGUUGUAUAAUUGGGCCCUCGAAUGUCAUGAGCUCCCUGUUGUGCAAAUGAUGGAACAUAUUCGCCUUCAACUAACCUCUUGGUUUAACAAUCGUCGUGAAACAGGAAUAAGAUGGACCUCAAUUCUUGUUCCCUCCGCCGAGAAGCGGAUUUCAGAGGCAAUUGCAGAUGCUCAUUGCUACCAAGUACUUAGAGCAAAUGAAGUUGAGUUUGAGAUCGUCUCAACUGAGCGGACAAACAUAGUUGAUAUUAGGAGUCGCGUGUGUUCCUGUCGCCGUUGGCAGUUAUACGGUUUACCGUGCGCGCACGCUGCAGCUGCACUUAUUUCUUGUGGGCAGAAUGUUCAUCUGUUUGCCGAACCUUGUUUCACGGUGGCAAGCUACCGAGAGACCUAUUCGCAGAUGAUAAAUCCUAUCCCGGAUAAGAGCUGCUGGAAGGAGUCAAGGGAAGGAACUGAGGGUGGAGCUGCAAAUCUUGAUAUCAUGAUACGUCCUCCCAAAACUCGCCGGCCACCUGGGAGACCGAAAAAGAAAGUUCUUCGUGUCGAGAACUUGAAGCGCCCAAAACGAGUUGUUCAAUGUGGUAGAUGCCAUUUACUAGGACAUUCUCAAAAGAAAUGCACAAUGCCAAUUUGACCCUGAUUUAGCCCCUGUUUUUGUAAGAUUUCUGUACUUCCUUUAAUAUUUUUCUCCUGCUUAUGAAAUUCCAAUAGGAUCAGUGUUCAUGUUUGUUUGGUAAUCUUAUUGUAUGUUUUUAGUAACAUUUUCUAGUUGCAGAAAUAAGCAUCUACUUCCCUAAGUACAUUCUAAUUAAA